CCUCUCUCUCUCUCUGUGUCCACCUCGCCCCCUGUGCAGAUCGAGCCGCGGCUUCUGGGCCUCAAACACCUCAUUUCCAGCUUCCCGUGUCGCUGAUUCGUCCGUCUUUGUUUCUUGAGACCCGUCUGCCAGUACUCCUGCAAUCAUAGCCUGGACGAGCAAGAACCCAACGGGUGAGCGCAUCGACCGUCCACGCAGUUCAGGGCACACAUCGCAAUAUCAGUCUAGCAUCCCUGGGCACGAUGGCACUUGGCUCGCUACAAAGGGACUGCUCGUCUCUGUCUCCUUCAUCGCCGCCCUCUUUGUCUUGUUUCCUCGCCGUGUUUCUUCCACCUCCGCUUCACAGGCCGGCUCUGUCGCUCUUUUCAGAUCCAGUUCACUCUUUCUUCGUUCCGCCCUGCUUCUCCUCCGUAGCCGACCAGUCAUUCAUUUUAUCAUUCAGCGGAUACGGAUCUCCUGCUUGAUCAUUGUGCCUUCGCCAACAAUAGAACGCUCGCGAGAUCAAUACCCCCGUCCUUUUGAGAGCACUGCGUUUCGCUGCGCUCUUCAAACCCGGAGAUCUCUUUAACAAAGCUCUAUUCUUUCUUUCCCACCUUUACCUUUGCCUUCACAGCACCAGCAACAACAUGAAGUCCUUCCUUGGCGCGUCUGCUGCGCUGCUUACUGCCGUGUCGGCCCACUCAUGGCUGGAGUGUACUGACUAUGACAACUCUGAGAUCCUGCCCUGGAUGCAAAGCAACUCUACACUCAACCCUCCCGUCAUCGUCGACCCUGGCAUGCCCUGGUUUGCGGACGUUUACUGCAAGGCCUACCCGCGUGCGAAGCAGUAUGGCGGCAAUUGGAUCGAUGAGUCCACAAACUACGUCUGGAACAUCGCCGCUGAGAGCUUCAACAUGGGCCCGUCAAAGCCUGCCGACACACACGCCUGCCCGCCCGAGCAGCGCACGCCCACUUAUUACCCGAACGCGCCAAUGAAGACGGCCGCUCCGGGUGACACGAUCAAGCUCUUCUUCGGUGGUAAUGGCCAUACCCGUGGCUUUAACACCGGCGGUACUUCGAACCCGAAUCCACUGGGCCCUGGAACCGUUUCUGUCUACUGGAAGGGCGCCCCAGAGCAGGAGAUCACAGAUAUUUCCGAGUUCACACCUGAGAACCUGCUGCAGUCCAACGGCUUUGCCGAGGAAUCUUUCAGUUAUCCUGCAGAUCCUAACAUUAAGACUCCAGACCAAGGCCUUGUCGACAAGGGCAACUGGCAGUCGCUGAAGCUCCCAGCCGAUAUGGCUCCUGGCCGCCACAUGUUCGUUUGGGUAUGGACAUACGCUGGAAGCGAUGCUCCACAGUGGAGUACCUGCUUCGACGUGACUAUUGAAGGCUCGCCAAGCUCUGGCUCUAGCUCCGCCAGCGAAAGCUCGUACAGUGCAUCACCUGUUGCCAACGCCGUCAAUGCCGCUGCUGAAAGCCCGGCAACCACUCCUGUCCCAACGCCCGCAACUACUGAUGCCCCAACUCCCGUAACCACCGUUUGGGACAACAGCGUUGAGACUGUGUACACAACAGUCGAUGUGUGGACCACUGUGUGGGACUACCAGAAGCGCAAUCACGUUCGCCAAUUCAAGCCGUGAGAGUCUUGACGGACGCCGUCGCACUUCUCUUUACUUUGGGCAUGUAAUUUUCUAUUGCAUAUGGGUUUGCCAAGGUUGAUCGGAGCAUUUCAGGGGCAGCGGCGAGCACCUUAUGCAUCUUCGUUUGUCGAGGGCUUUCAUGUUCAUACUUUGUACAAGGGUAAACAAGGGCCCUAGACAAGACGGGAUCUCGUUUAGGAACCUUGGAUAUUCUGCUUUUGUUUGAGGAGCGGGUCACAGCUGGGGAAUGGCUGCAGCAUAAAAUAUCACCUCGUCAUUCUUAGCAACGAAUACACAAGAAGAAGGCGUUUAAAAUCCACCACUGGCCUAUUCCAGGGGUUCACUGACCAAGGUGUCCUUGCUACGCCCCCUACGUAGCAAAUCAAUGAUCAUGAUCAAACUAG